AUGUUCAGUGGUCCAACACGAGGAGGAACCCGUGGAGGGCAAGCCCAGUUUUCGUGGGACAAUGUCAAGAAUGACAAACAUCGCGAAAACUACCUCGGUCACAGCGUGAUGGCUCCCGUGGGACGUUGGCAGAAAGGCAAGGAUGUGAAUUGGUACACGAAGGAUGGUGCCUCAGCGGAGGAAGUUGCUGCGGCAAAGAAGGCGGAGAUUCAGAGGAUCAAGGAGCAGGAGGAGGACGCGUUGGCGGCUGCCUUUUCCGAUCCGGCGGACGCCAGGUGA